ACCUGAUGUUGAAUUAUGAUGAUGAUGAUGUUUGGUGAAGCUCCUCCCUCUUCAUCCUCCUCAGUGUCUUAUAGCUCCUCUCUCAUCUCUCUCCUCACAUCACACACUGACAUCAUGCUGAUCAUCUUCAUCAUCUUCAUCAUCACACCAUCAUGUGUGAGUGGAGUGACUGUAGUGACCCAACCAUCAGAGCUCACAGUGAAUAAAGGAAAUAAAGCCACAAUCAACUGUAAUCUGGGAUCUGUUGAAAAUGAUGCUCGAUGGUAUAAACAGAUUUCAGGAGGAGUUCCUCAGUAUGUGUUAAGACAUUAUCAUGGCUGGAGCUCACCUAGUUAUGGAUCUGGUUUCUCUGCUCCUAAAUUCACAUCAACAUCUUCAUCUAAAUCAGAUUAUAGUUUGAUCAUCAAUAAUGUAGAUGUGAGAGAUUCAGCUGUGUAUUAUUGUCACACAUGGGACGACUCUGCUAAGGAGAACGUAUUCGGACAAGGAACAAAACUCAUUGUGACCGAUUCAGGUGUUUCUCCUCCUGUUGUGAAGAUUUUCCCUCCAUCCAGUGAAGAUGUGAGCUCCAGUAAAGUGACUCUGGUGUGUUUGAUCAAUGACAUGUCUGUGGGAUUUGUUGAUGUGAGUUGGUUUGUGAAUGGAAACUCAGUUACUGAUGGCGUCUUCACCGGAUCUGCCGAACAGCAGCCGAAUGAGAAAUUCAAGUUGAGCAGUUAUUUAACCAUUGAGAGAUCAGAGUGGGAGAAAGACAAAGAUCUCACAUGUAAAGUGACUGCUGCUGGAAAGAUCACAAACACAAAGAUCAAGAAAUCUGAAUGCAAUUAAUAAAUGCAAAGAUUAUUGUGUGUUUGUUUUCAUAAAAGCAUUUAUUAAUAUUUCCUGCAAUAAAUAAUGAUUAUAGAAACAAUUUAAUGUUUAAGUAUGAGAUUUAAUUUCAGCUUUCGAUUUUAUUGUAAUUUUUAUUUCGAUUCUUAAUAAAUUUGAAUAAACUUCAUGAUAAUCAAACAAACUGUUAUUUUAAUCUUAUUGAUUUUGGGGGAAACUGAUAAAAUUGUGAAAUAUUAAUGACUUAAGCCUAAAAGAAAGAAUUAACCAUUUCAGUGUGAAUAUACAGAAAUCUCUGUCAUUAAUAUAUUGCUUAUCUGUUUCUUGCAUUUUUAAAUGAAUGAAUAAGAGAAGAGUAAACUGUAGUUAACAGAACUGAAUUUCAAAUGAAGUCUCAUGAUCAGAAAAUAAACUAUAAAGAGUUCAUAAAAGAUUUUUAAUUUAUUGAAUUAUUCAAAAGAAGUUUAGUUACAAUGAAAACAUCAUGAAAAAGUUUUGGGUGUAAAUAUCUUGAAUAUUAUUGAGAAUAAAGAUGAAUAAAGUCAUUAAAGUUCA